AUGAGCAACAACGAAAAAUAUCCACAGGCACGCAAAGGCAAGCAAGAUGCCAAGCAGUCGCGGAAGCGUGCCCAGAAUCGAAUUUCGCAACAAUGCCGACGUGAGCGUGACUCUGCCAGAGCACGGCAUCUCGAACAUGGUCUUACAGCAAUCCAGUCGACGUCCAACCUGGACUGCGAAGACCGAUAUUCUGCCCUUGUUCAGUCGCACCUGAGACUUCUUGACGACAACGAAAGUCUCCAGGAGGCCUUGUUCAACUUUCGGAAGCGUCUCCUCAGCAUGAGCAAUGCCGCCGCUGCCGCCGCCGAGGAACCCGUCUUCGACUUGUUGCUAGACAAGCACAAGAUAAAGGGAGACCGAUCAUCUGUAUCGUCCAAGCAGUUGGACGGGCCAGACUCGUUCAAUGCGUCUGUUGGUGCCACAACAAGCCAGCCUGAAGCCACGACUGCAGAUGCCAACUCUUGGAAUAUCAGCUGCAAUAUCCCAAGCCCUUUCUCAUACAACCCUGGCCUGGGUCUCCCUCUCAACGAUUUUGCGGGUGCUACCACACUAAAUCUUGGAACCAACCUCUCCACGCUAGAAAGCUCCGUGGCAUUCAGUCAUGAAGCCCCGACACUAUUUGAUAUCCUGCCACAGAUCGGCACGCAUCAUACUCACGUUCGAUCUCCAACUGAGUUUGCCGACAAAGUUCUGAGUGCUUGUCGGCAAUACCUCGAGGAUGAGAUGAGUGCGACACCCGCAGGUCUCACGCUUUCACUGCGAGAGAUACAAAAUGAAGUCUUGUAUCAGCAAGUAUCGACAGCCGCAAUACGGUUGCUCAGCCGUGCUGCCGGAAUUGAGUCUUAUGUGUAUCACAUUGGUCGUGCAGAUUACCUCGAGAAAAUAGUACGAUGGCGGUUAAGUGCUCUUCCAGAUGAUGGUACCACCAUCCCGCAGCCUUUUGCGCCAACUCGUCUACAACAUCGACAAAACGGCAGAGUACUAAAACACCAUCUGCUGAUCGAUUUCAUCUGUUGGCCGGAAAUCAGAGAUCAAUGCAUUGUCAAUGCCUCGAGACUGGACUUGGACGAACUACAGCGCGACAUCGUCCUCAAUACUGUCAUCGAAAUUCCACCAUACGGCCUGGCGCUUAAUGUGUUUGAUUUCGUCAACAAUUGGAUUGAUAUACACCACCAUUCUUCUACCUAUGUCAGGAAUGCCGAUUGGACCUUUUUCAAGGCGAACGAAAAAGCGGACAGCUCUGCCAUAGAUCGUGAUCCAAUCGAGGGAGCGAUAUUACAAGAGCUGAGGUGCAUUAUUCACAAACAUACUGCAGCAAUCUCCGAGCUCGCAACGGCCACAGAUUCAAGCAUGAAUACGGCGUACGAGGCGUCAAAAUCUACACUUACUGCUGCUUCUUGGCGUGAAGGAUGCACAAGAAGCGACGCCAUGGCAGCUGGCAGAGGGCCGGAAGCAGACGCUGUGAAUUUUCUGUCAGCACAAGACACCAGUACCUGGAAGCUGAGCAAAAGCUUUGCAAGAAAAUAUCAUAUGAUUGAAUGUUCAUCAGGUAUGAAACCGCUAUGGACUUAG